AUGGAAUUACAACAAUUACAACCUUUACUUUUGUUGGAUGAGUUGCGACAACAUCAGUUGGCGAGUGUAGAACGACAGAAAUCAUUGGUCGGUGGUGGCACCACUGAAUUCGAUUGCUACCUGGCAGAGGAAGAGGAAUACUAUGUCAAGAAAGCCAAAGAGUUGCGAGUGAUGUGUGCAUCGUUCGUUCAGCACCAACGUACGUUCGUGGGUGCCAUCGACUUCAACCCGGAAUUCGAUACACAAUACGCAAUGGCGCUGGCACAGGAGAUCAGCCAGGGAAUCACCAUCAUUCGAACCUUUGUUGAUUGUAUUCGACAGUUGGUGUUCCACGCUGAAUUCGUGGUGUCCUACAACCUGUUGCACAAGUGUGUCGACCUAGAGAAUCUCUCGCGUCAUCUUGCCAUCCUUCUCAAGGAGAUAGAGUCAUUCCAGCAGAGUGGAGUCGGUUGUCCCGCUGCCGUACUGGUCUACUCGCGUCAGCCAUUCCCAGGCAUCCUAAAACGUUACAAACAGAUUCCAGCCGAUGAAAUGAUCGUCGAGAUGCUCACAACCUCGCAAUUCCCAUACACCUACGGCAAACUCAAAAUACAUCAUCUCAACAAUCAAUCUACACAAUAUCAUCAUAAUCAUUCUUUAAUACCAAACAACAACAGCAAUAGCAACAUUAAUAGUAGUAGCAGUAGUAGUAAUAACAUUAAUAGUAGUAAUAGUAGUAGUAGUAUUAAUAGUAGCAGUUGUAGUAAUAGUAUAAAACAUAACAAUAAUAAUAAUAAUAAGAAUAAUUUAUUUGAACAACAAACAUUCGAUAUUCAAUUGGAAGGAAGUCGUUAUCUUGCAAAAGUUCCAAUAAAAUUAAUGCAUGGAACCACACAAUUCAGUUCACUGGGAUUCUCAUUGAAUCUCAUUCAUAAAUCAACCAAACACCAAGUACUCAUAGAGACAGAGCCAUCCGAUAAAUUCAUUGCUUUCGUAAACGAUUCACAAUGGGUACAAUAUUUCAGUUUACUUUUAAAAGAAGAGAUUUACUUGUUGGAUAAAGAACAAUAUGUUUAUGAAAAAGUAUCACACUCUAGAAUUAUAAAUAUACUACAGAAAUACUUUCAUCUUUGUUUAAAGAUAUACAAGAGAAUGACAUCGCAUCAUCGUCCACUACCUAUUGAACCAUUAAAAUCAAUGUUAAACAAGAUAUCGGAUAAACUAACAAUUGAACAAUUCGAUAAGUUCAUGUCGGUAUUAUCACCGUCAUUAAAAGUUAUUAAAUAUCAAAGACAUGCUAAAGAUCUAUGGAAUCAAGGAUUGAUAUUUUAUUAUAUAGAAAAAGAAGAAUUCAGUCUUGAUCAUGCUUAUUGCUGGAUGAUAAAGUAUUUCAGUGGUGGUGAAAUCAAAGAGAUCAUUGUCGAUAUGAAAACAGAUCUGACCGGUGAUCGUCAAACCAAAUCAAUCAUCAACUACAUCGAUUCAAACCUACAGGAUUUCACCGAGAUUUGUCAAUUCGAUUAUAGAAACAACACUAUUUCUUUCGUAAACAAAGAUGAAAUAUUGACUUUACCAGCAAUAACAACAACAUAG